AUGGACAACUGCUCCCUGGCGUUGAGCGUCACCCAGCACCUUCACAUCCAUCUACAAAUCCUGCUCCUCAACGUCGUUGUUGGGAUGCUAUUCCGCACGGCCUUCACUACUCUACGCGCCUCUUUACGGUUGGCCGUACUGGCGAGGAGUACGACGCCCUGCGACUUCAUGGAGGAGUACUCGUUUUGUAUGGCGAUUAGCUCGAUUACGCUGCCAGCUGUAAAGGUGGUUUCCUUCUCCUAUAUUCUAAUAACGGCCGAACGGAGCAUUGCGUUGUUCUACGCGAAAAGCUACGAGACGCAACGCCGAAUUCCGAUCGUCCUGAUUGUCGUCGCGUUAACGUGGUACGGCCUUCCGGAAGCCGUUUCCGGGGCGUGGCGCGGCUUUUUCCGAGGAGACUCUGGCCAGCUACUACCGUACUGCGCAUCGACUACGGUAGGGGCGAUCACAAUGUGGACAAUCGUGGAGUGGACAGUGCCGGUGAACAUUCUCAGCGCCUCCGCCCUCCUCGUUUUGCACGUUCUCUUGCGCAGGAAGACAAAGCUCAGCCUCCUUUCAACACCCGUUCUCUCGUCACGCUACGAGCUGCGGUCGAGCCUGAAAUCCCUUCGUUUCCUGUUGCCAAACGUCGCGCUGUGCUGUGCGAUUUCGGUUUUUAUGCAAAUCACGACGGUUCUGAUGAUAUUCGUGCCCAUCAACUCCCUGCACGACUAUGCACUUUUUAAGACGUAUUCAGCGCUGAUCUUCCCGCUACAGUACCUCUCGUUUCCUAUAAUUUGCCUGUGGCGAAACGAGGAGCUUCGGCCGUAUUUUCUUCAAAAUCACCCCACUGCCGCCAGUAUCGUAGCUGCGGAGAAAAUGGACCCAAAAAACGCGAUGGACCACAUACAAAAUGUGUGGGAGAUGCACUCGAUAAAGCGGAUACCC